AUGGAGCCUGAGAAACCAUCACCUUCGGACUGUUGUGGAAGUGGUUGUACUCCGUGUGUGUUUGACAUUUAUGAGCGGCAGCUGCAGUCCUGGCAGGAUAAAAAGGCAGGAGAUACUCAAGAGAGGUCUGACGUACGAAGUGAUCUUCUGUCUGAAACACGCUUCAAGCCUUUCAGACUGAUCAGGAAGAUCAGACUAACAGAAGAUGUAUACAGCUUCACGUUCAGACCUGUUGAAGUUCUCUCAGGCGGGUGCGAUGUGACAGAAAACAUAAAUGGUGUCCUACCGUACAGUAUAGGCCAACAUUUGGUGUUGAGGCGAUGUAUGGAAAGUAGCAACGAAAUUGAUGCAGAAGUUGUAACUGACCAAGAUGAGCCGGUAUCUUCCAGCCAAAUAAUUACUCGCGCAUACACUCCCAUUACAAUAGCUGCUCAGGAGGUGAAUUGCUGCUUUGAAAUUUUUGCAAAACUGUACGAUCAAGGAGUAAUGUCUGCAUAUCUGAAGGAAUCUUCUGUGGACGAUAUUUUAUACUGGAGAGGACCAUAUGGUGACUUCAAAUACACCCCAAAUUCGUUUAGAUACAUCUUGAUGUUGUGUGUUGGUACGGGCUUGGCACCCAUGGUUCCUAUCGUCACAUCCAUCGUGAAUGACGACUCCGACGAUACGCAAAUGUGA